AUGGACACGCCCUCGGAUGAAGGUGACGAUGAUGAUGAGCGAGCUCAGGAGCGCCCCCUGCAGGCCACGGAUGCACCUUCAGAGGCCGAUGAUGAUGAUGAAGGUGACGAUGAUGACGAUGAGCAAGGUCAGGAGCUCCCCCUGCAGGCCACGGAUGUCCCCUCAGACGCUGAUGAUGAUGAAGGUGACGAUGAUGAUGAUGAGCAGGCUCAGGAGCGCCUCCUGCAGGCCACGGAUGCACCUUCAGAGGCCGAUGAUGAAGGUGAUGAUGAUGAGCAGGGUCAGGAGUGCCCCCUGCAGAUCAUGGAUGUCCCCGUGGAGGCCGCUGAUGAUGAAGGUGACGAUGACGAUGAUGAGGAGUCGGUAGCAGAAGCUCAGGAGCGGCUCCUGCAGGCGCUGAUGGCCCGCGCUGACCGGGCGCUGCCCCGGCGGGCGCUGGAGCGGGACUGGUCCGUACUGGGAGAGCUGGGCAGCGGCUCCUACGGGCGGGUGCUGCUGGCACGGCCCCGGCGCGGAGGUGCGCAAGUGGCGUUGAAGCUGCUCUCCAAGGCGCGCAUGCCCAGGUGUGCGGGUGCGCAGGUGGCGCUGAAGCUGCUCUCCAAGGCGCGCACGCCCCGGUGUGCGGGUGCGCAGGUGGCGCUGAAGCUGCUCUCCAAGGCGCGCACGCCCCGGUUCCGGUUCCUGCGCGAGUUCUGCACUCACCUGUGCCUGCGGGGGGCGCUCACCUGCGUCCAGGUGCUGCCGCUCGCCUUCGAGACGCCCACGGAGUUCGGCUUCGCCCAGGAGCUCGCACCUGCGGGGGACCUGUGCGGGCUGCUCACACCUGGGGUGGGCCUGCCGGAGCCGCAGGUGAAGCGCUGCGCCGCCCAGGUGUGCUCGGCGCUGUGCUACCUGCACGGCCACGCCCUGGUGCACGCGGACCUCAAGCUGGACAACGUGCUGGCCUUCGACCGCGAGUGCCGCCUGGUCAAGCUCGCCGACUUCGGCCUGACGCGCGUGCAGGGCGCGCCGGCGCGCCCCGCCCCCGGCCACGCCCCCUACGCCGCGCCCGAGCUGCUGCCCCGCCCCGGGGCGCCGCACCUGCCGCACCUGGCGCGCCUGGCGCCGCCCGUGGACGCCUGGGCGCUGGGCGUGCUGCUCUUCGCGCUGCUCACCGGAACCUUCCCCUGGGCCGCGCCUGCGCGCGCCGACCCCGCCUUCCGCCGCUUCCGCGCCUGGCACCGCCGCGC